AUGGCUACCACGGCCGCCGCCACCACCACCGGCAACGACACUCAGCCUACCGCCACCACAAGAAUGGCCGCAACAACAGCUAACGACACACCCUCCAGCUCAAGCACAACUUUCACCGGCACCACCACCACGACAAUCACCCGCCACACCUUCACCAAAUACGGCAGAACAACCUCCUACCUCGCCGCUGGCCCCCAGACGGGUCCCCUGUUGAUCUUCAUCCACGGCUGGCCUGCCACUGCAGACGUAUGGACUACCCAGCUCGAAGCCUUCUCGGCGCUACACUUCCGCUGCGUAGCCCCGGACCUGCCCGGGUACGGUGGGUCCCAGUCACAACCACAGUCACAGUCGGGCGCAAACCACAAAUCGAAGGAAGACGGUCAGUCCCAGUCACAAUCAAGAGACACUCCCGCCCCCGAACCCAAGGACGCCGACCCAUCAUUGUACACCCUCCAAAACGUAGUCACCCAACUCGUCAACCUGCUCAAAUACGGCCUCCAGCGCGAAGAGGCCAUCUGGAUAGGCGGCGGUGCGGGCCACGACUGGGGCGCCGCCGUCGUGUGGACCCUCGUGGCGCACCACCCGGAGGUAUGCCUCGGUGUCGUUAACAUGGCCCUCCCUUACCGCACGCUGGAGAUGGGAUUGGGCGAACUGGUCAAGUACGCGGACCGUGAUCUCUACGCGGAGGACGACUAUCCGUUUGCGCAGUGGGGGUAUAUGGCUUGGUAUGAGAAGUUGGCUCGCGAAAAAGAGUUUGGCAACGCCGUCGCCCUGUGGAAGAGGGACGUGGAGGCGUUUUUGAAGGUUUGGUUUGCGAGGAGGCCACAGGAGGUGUUUGGCGGCGACGACAAGAAGGAGGGGGAGGAGAAGGCGGAAAUUGCGGACGCCGCCGACAUUGACACCAAUCACAAGUCAGCAUUCACGGGCCGUGUUCUCAAGGAUGGAGGCUUUUUCGGCGCAGCUGAGGCGGCGCCGCCCCAAAUCCCCUUAUCCGACACUUUACUCACGGAGGACAUGCUCCGCAAGCUGUUCUCUGCGUUUGACGCAACCAGAUUCUGGGCCCCCACGGCGUACUAUCUCAACGGCGACGCCAAUCUAAAAUGGUGCGAGGAUUGGAGCGUCAACGAUGGCGUCGUCUCGGUCCCGGUCUUAUUCAUCGAGUGCUUGAACGAUGUCGUGGCUGGGACAUAUAACAGUCCCAGGAUGAAGGAGCCCAUGGAGGCGUACUGUCGGAAACUGACGACCGUGGGGAUCGAUGCCGGGCAUUUGGUGGCGCUGGAGAAGCCGCACGAGACAAACGCCGCGAUACUUAGGUGGGUUGCGAGGGAGAUUCCCGAGGAGAGGGGAUGGCCUUAUGGAAAGAAGAAUCCGCUCAAGAAGAAUGUAUAA